AGAGGAGGAAAGAAAAGGGGAGAGGGGAAAAAGUGGGCAACAACUUCCAACCGUCCCGGUUCUUAUACCGGAGAGUUUGUCGUCAUCAGCACCCCCAGAUAUCCCCCCUCCUCCCCCCCCAUUCGGUUCCCUAAAUGGACGCGGCAGUUUCGGUGUGUGCAGUUCAGCGGGGGCCAACACACUGGAAGCAGCUUCAGUUUGGCGUGUAGACCGGGGACCGGGGAGGACGCUGAGAAAUGCCCGGCUGCCUCGCUGGAGCUCAGCUCUGAGCACUUUUGCUUUUCCGUUUUGGGCUUUUUUCUAUUGGAGGUGGAGAGAAACUCUACUCACAAAGUUUACUACAGAAAGGAAAAGUGAAAAAAAAAAGUGGCAGCUCUCACACUUUAGCCCUCGCUAUGGAUUGUUUAUAUUUAUUGAUGUGCUUUUCACUUUGUCAAGUAUGUGUGGACCAUGUUCUGGCUGCGGAAUCAGAGGAAAAACUCUCUGGAAAGCUAAGUGAAUAUGGUCUUAUGGUGCCAUUCAGCACAGACUCCCACGGCCGGUACAUUUCUCACGUGGUUUCUGCUGGAAGUGGAAGUGAAAGUGAGGCUGAUGAAAAUCUCUCAGCUCCUGGCAGCAGAAGAAGAAUGGCCCGCAGUGCUCCCCAGACGCCCUCAGUCACCUCUGGUACGGGUCAGCACUUGUUUUUCAAUGUCACCUUGUUUGGGAGAGAGCUCCACCUUCGCCUGAAGGCCAACAGGAGGCUGGUGGCACCAGGAGCUUUCGUGGAAUGGCAGGAGGACUUUGAGGAAAAGGCCAAGGAACGCAUCCAUCGGGACUGUGUCUUCACCGGUGAUGUGACCGAUAUGCCAGAGGCCUCUGUGGCCAUCAGCAACUGUGAUGGACUGGCAGGCCUGAUCCGCACUGAUAAUGGCGAGUUUUUCAUUGAACCACUUGAGAAAGGCCAACAGGAUGUGGAAGUAAAGGGGCGAGUGCACGUGGUCUACCGCAGAUCGGCCAUCAAGCGGGAGACGGGCCAGCGGAAAGAGGACUUACACAAUGAAGUGGCAGAUGUUGGCAUCGCAGACCUUCCUGCAGCUCUGGAUUUGGUUGAACAUAAACUCUCCGAGUCCGAGCGCAAGAAGAGGCACGUGAAAAAAGACGACUACAACAUCGAGGUUCUGCUGGCUGUGGAUGACUCAGUGAUCCGUUUCCAUGGCAAGGAGCACGUGCAGAAUUACGUUCUCACCCUAAUGAACAUUGUUGAUGAGAUCUACCAUGAUGAGUCGUUAGGAACCAAUAUCAACAUUGUGCUCGUCCGCAUGAUAAUGGUGGGGUACAGACAGUCUAUAAGCCUGAUUGAGCGUGGUAACCCCUCCCGUAGCCUAGAGCAGGUGUGCCGAUGGGCCAACACUCAGCAGCGCCGUGACCCUGAGCACGCCGAGUACCACGACCACGCCAUCUUCCUCACAAGGCAAGAUUUUGGUCCCGCAGGUAUGCAAGGUUAUGCUCCAGUGACUGGCAUGUGUCACCCUCUGAGGAGCUGCACCUUGAAUCAUGAAGACGGCUUCUCCUCUGCCUUCGUCGUCGCUCACGAAACUGGUCAUGUGCUGGGCAUGGAGCACGAUGGUCAGGGGAAUCGCUGCGCUGAUGAAACCAGUAUGGGCAGCAUCAUGGCCCCUCUUGUCCAAGCAGCUUUCCAUCGCUACCAUUGGUCGCGUUGCAGCAAACAGGAGCUCAACAGAUACAUUCACUCCUAUGAUUGCCUCCUGGAUGAUCCCUUUGAACACAAGUGGCCCAAGCUUCCUGAGCUUCCUGGAAUUAAUUAUUCAAUGGAUGAGCAGUGCCGCUUUGACUUUGGUGUUGGUUACAAAAUGUGCACAGCUUUUCGAACCUACGACCCUUGCAAGCAGCUGUGGUGCAGCCACCCUGACAACCAGUAUUUCUGUAAAACCAAAAAAGGCCCUCCAGUAGAUGGGACGGAGUGUGCACCUGGAAAGUGGUGCUUCAAGGGUCAUUGCAUCUGGAAGUCCAGCCAGGAGCCGCAAGGGCAUGACGGGAACUGGGGCUCCUGGUCAAAAUAUGGGUCAUGUUCCAGGACGUGUGGAGGUGGAGUUCGUUCCCGCAGCAGGCAGUGCAAUGACCCCCCGCCUGCCUACGGUGGUCGAGACUGCCCAGGCUCUGCAUAUGACUACCAGAUGUGCAACACAGAGGAGUGUGCUGGUCCUUAUGAAGACUUCCGCGCUCAGCAAUGCAUCCAGCGGAGCAACAAAUACCACAACAACAUCAAGCACACCUGGCUGCCAUAUGAGCACCCAGAUGAGGCUCGUAAAUGCGAGCUAAGCUGUAAAUCGAAGGAAACUGGAGAGGUGGUGUUUAUGAACCAGGUGAUGCAUGAUGGGACAAGGUGCAGCUACUCCGACCCCUUCAGCGUCUGCGCUCGAGGAGAGUGUCUGCAUGUAGGCUGCGACAAGGAGGUUGGCUCUUACAUAGACGAGGAUAAAUGUGGAGUUUGUGAAGGGGAUAACUCCCACUGUCGGACUGUGAAGUUAACACUGACUAAGACCCCUAAAAAGAAUGGAAUGCUUAAAAUGUUUGACAUCCCAAUGGGAGCUCGACACAUAAUCAUUGAAGAAAACAAUACCUCCCCUCAUAUUAUUGCUGUGAAGAAUCAAGUUACUGGGCACUUCAUAUUAAAUGAAAAAAGUGAAGAUGCUGAAUCGAAGACCUUCAUCGAAAAUGGUCUACAGUGGGAGUACUCUAUUGAUGGCGAGAGAGAGACAUUAAAAACAACCGGUCCUCUGCAUGAAGGCAUUGUGGUUCUGGUCAUUCCACUGGAAGAGGACGUCAAAAUUAGUUUGACUUAUAAGUACAUAAUACACGAGGACCUCCUGCCACUUAUUACCAACAACAAUGUGCUUCUUGCCGAGCUGGACACUUAUGAGUGGGCACUGAAAAGCUGGUCUCAGUGCUCCAAACCAUGUGGCGGAGGAAUACAGUACACAAAAUAUGGAUGCAGGAGGAAGAGUGAUAGCCGUUUAGUCCAUCGAAACUUUUGUGAAACCAGCAAAAAGCCUAAACCCAUCCGCAAACGCUGCAACGUGCAAGAGUGCAGUCAGCCCGCGUGGGUGGUGGAAGACUGGAGUCCCUGCAGUAAGACCUGUGGGAAGCUCGGCUACCAGACCAGGGCGGUGCAGUGCAUGCAGUCGCUCUACAACGGCACCAGCAGGGCUGUCCACAGCAAACACUGCACAGGCGAUCGGCCAGAGAUGAGAAGAGUGUGUAACUACACUGCAUGUCCCGCUCAGUGGAGAACAGGAGCGUGGUCUCAGUGCUCAGUGACCUGUGGUGAAGGGAUUCAGCAAAGGCAGGUGGCUUGCAAGGCCAGCGACAGCACCGUCACAGAAUGUGAGGAUGAGAAGCCAGAAACUGUCCUCAUCUGCAAACUAAGUCCAUGUUCAGAUAAUUCUACAAUGAAGGAUGAUGCAGUAUUCCAUGGUGUUUCUGAAAGCCCCUUCCAGAAACUUGCAUCUAAUGAGCCAUGUCUUGGGGAUAAAUCAAUUUUCUGUCAAAUGGAAGUUCUGGCUCGCUACUGUUCCAUCCCUGGUUACUAUAAGCUUUGCUGUGAGUCAUGCAACAAAAAGGAAAGCCACACUACACACGUUCCUGACUCCAGCUCCAAGACCGAACCUGAGACCUCCACACCGUCCCAUUCUGCCUCAGCCAAGGCUUCGUGGCUGGCAACCACCACUCCAAGCCUGCCACAAACCACUAAAGCCAUGAGACGACGGUUGUUCUCCACCAUCCCUGCGCCAACCACGGCUGCCGCUGCUAAGAUUCCUCCACCAACAGAUGCUGCUCUGUCCCCACAUCCCGCCAUUGACUCCUUACCAAAUGAAGAGAGGAGAGAUUCCCACAUGGAUACUCGUCUACCUCCAGGGCCGCCGCAGCCCAAACAAGACUCAAGUGGAGGGGUAUCAAAAGAGCACAAUCCCAUGAGCACUUUAGGCUCUGUUGCCGCCAGGUCAAGAAGGGACAAUUUAGGAUCAGAGAGGGACUCAAGUCACAGAACCCUGUUGGUUCAUCAAUGAACCGUGAGCAAUGCUGUGAGCAUUAGUGGGACUGAAUAGAAAAGUCAGCUCACUUCUUGUCUGUUUUUUUAGCAAUGUUUUUCUGUAUGACAGUGAACCCUGACAAGCCCAGUGAUGGUUACCUCAUCAAUACUUCAGAGCAAAAUGUGUGAAGCAUCUGCACACACUCUGUUCUCUGUGUUUAAAAUAUGAAGCAGAAGAAGAAGAAGAAGACAAAAAAGUCAAAACACAGGUGCUGUAAACUAAUCAGACUACAGGACAUGUUCAAAAUGUGAUGACUGCAUAGCUACAUUCAUGUUUUAUAUCUGUGUACAGUUGUGUUAGCCUGUUUUUCAAGUGCAUUAGAACUACUAUUGAACUUGGAUUGUGAACAUGUUGGUGCAUGUGGCCACCAUAGCUUCAUUAGUGUAACACCAGAAUAAUUAUUGAGCCUUUUCCAGGUAAAAAGAGAAUUGUAAGUAUUAGAACAUGAGGAAAAUAAUUCAUCUUUUCAUUACCUCUUUGUGCUAAGAGAUCUUCAGGUUGGACUUUAUAGAUUAUCUGGUUCACUUAAAAAAGGUUUAAUUGGCUCUAGCAACCUUUAUUUGAUAGUAGUUAUACAGGAAGUAGGCCUUAUUUCUCACCUUUUCUAAUAUAUUUAGAUUGAAUUUAUAAUCCGCAUACUUUGUUAUCCUAACAGCAAUGAGGUUUCAUGUUUGAGUCUACAAAAAAGUAAACUUUUUUAAGCCUCUCAAGCAACCAAACUCCAUUUUCUUUCCUGGGCUUACAGAUUCUUGUUGAAAUGUAGCACUGAUGUGACACUAUCAAUUAGUAUUAAAGUUUAAGGCAUUCACUGUCUUGCAUUGUAUGUUAGCCAUAUUAUAAAUCUUGCUAUCCAAAUUGAACCUUUAAGCAGAUGAUCCAAACCCAGCAACUUAAAAAAAAGAGCUUUCUGGAUUGAUUUGUUUCAGUUUAGCUUCACAGCUAAAAUCAAUAACAUAAUUUUUUUAAGUGUAUAAAUUUUCUGGUGGCACACUGAUAAUUUUAUGGUCUGCAUUUCUGGCAAGGACCUCACUGCUUCCCUGCCUCUGGUGCUCUUUUUUUAUUGCUAUUUUUAUUUUCCAAGUCUAAUGAUGAUUUGUUUUAAAUGAAACCAAAUUAUGACUUUUGCAAGCCAACCCCACUGUACUGUAGCAUGCCCUCUGUCUACCUUUGUGGGACUUGAUGCUUUAAGGACUAAAAAGAAACAACUUCAGAAAGAACAUGUCAUGGCAUUUUUGUAAGUCCUGCAGUUUUAAGAUAGUGUACAUAGUGUAAAUUACAUGUUAAAAACAUUUGGAGUUAGAAACAACAGACAAUUCUAAAGGUCCAUGAACUGAAGCUGGAAAUACUUUUACAGAGUUCCUGCUCUCUAGCUAACACCUUCACUAUGUUCAUUGUAUAGUUCUUGUAUAUACGUACAUGAAUGAAAGCUUUAAGUGUUAAUAUUUAUUGAAUUUCUAAGUGAUAAAGUGAACAAAGUAAAAUUCAUUUCAAAGUA